AUGGGACAGGGAGGCAGUAAGAUCAAGGUGACUGCCACGGACAAGGCGAUUCUGCAACUGAAAUUGGCGAAGGACAACCUUCAUCGCCAUGCAAAACGAACAGAUACCCUAAUAGAGAAUGAGCGCUCCGAGCUUCGUGAGCUCGCCAAGUCACUCAAGGGUGAGAUAAAGCAGAGCAGAAGGGCGCGCCUGCUGCUCAAGCGGAUACACUACCAGCAGCGGCUGCUCGACCAGUGUUCGGACCAGCUGAUCAACCUCGAAAACAUGGUAAUGACGAUCGAGUUCAAACUGGUGGAGAAACAGUUUGUCGAGGGUCUUGCGCGCGGCAAUGAGGUCCUGAAGAAACUCAACAGGGAGUUCAGCGGGGUAGAGCAGUUGAUGGACGAUGUUGCAGAACAGGUUGCGUACCAGGAGGAGAUAGACCAGCUUCUCUCAAACGGCCCCAUGUCUGCGGGCUACGGGCUCCAGGACGAGCUGGACAGGGAGCUCGAGCAACUGGAGCAGGAGGUAAACGCGCAGGAAGCACUACCCGAGCUGCCCUCGACGAAUGGCUUGGCGCCGCCGAAGACUCGAAAGUCUGCCAACAAAGAAGACGAGCCCGCCGGCCAGCCCGCGGCCGCGCCCCAGAGAGAGGUGGAAAAGCCAAUGCUGGCGUCAUGA